AUGGAUUUACAAAAGAAUUCUGAUUCACGUUUGAAAUUAAAUAAAACGAACGACAAAAAUAAUUAUCAUGAUAUUUAUUGUUUCGAAUGUCAUCAUGUUGGACAGCUUAUUAUUGGCUGUGAUUCAUGUCCACGUGUAUAUCAUUCAAAAUGUCUCGGUCUGUCUGUACUACCUGAAAAACAAUGGAUAUGUCCAGAAUGUGAAGUCAAUCAAACAACAUCAUUACAGCGACAUUCCAUAGAUGAACUUAAUAGAAUGCUCAAAUAUGCUCUUGAUCGAUUGAAAUCAUAUCCUCAAGCUAAACAUUUUAUACAAUCAAUGGACAAGAUACCCGAUUAUCUUGAUUAUGCCAUUCAUCCAAUAGAUUUAGUGACCAUAGAAAAAAAUAUCAAUCUAAAAAAAUAUUGUUCAACCGAUGCAUUUAUCGGUGACAUUAAAUGGAUUGUACAUAAUAAUCAAAGUAAAUUAACUAAUAUUGCACGUACAUUUCUUAAAAUAACUCGUCAUGAAAUGACAGAAAUUGAACUUUGUUCGGAAUGUUAUUUACGUAGUACAGAAGCCGUAUCAACAGAUUGGUUUACUAAGCCCUGUUCUAUUCCACAUACAUUGUGCUGGGCUAAAAUGAAAGGUUAUCAACCGUGGCCAGCAAAAGUUUUACGUAUUAUCAAUGUUGAAGUUGAUGUUCGUUUUUUCGGACAACAUGAUCGAGCCCGGAUACCACUUCAUAAUUGUUUUGUUCUAUCAAAAGAAUAUCCAGGCUCGGAAAAGAAAAAGUUUAACAGUAAUUUUGAAGCAAGUCUUAUUGAAUUACAAACUCAUAUUGAUCAAUUAAAAAGACUUUAUGGACAUUUUACGUAUGCACCUCUACAAACACCAUUAAAUAAAACGAAACCAUUCAAAUUCGUUUCAAUUAUCGAUGACUCCAUGUUACCGUCUUAUAUGACAGUUGCACAUAGUAAUUCUUCAUGCCGUUCAUCUGAUAAGUACUCAAAACACCCACGUUCUUCUGCUGAAAGUUCAUCUUCUUCAUUAAAUCAACAAAAUGUUACUAAACGUAAUCGUGAAAAUUCACAGCAAAGUCAAAAAUCGAUUAAACGCCAACGAACUUCACCUAAGCACUGUCAUCCAAAUCUUAUUUCAACCGAUGAUAAUGACUUACAAUCAACAUUAAAUGUAUUUGAUAUAUUGAAUCAAUCAAAUCCAACAUCAAAUCUGUCUAAAGCCGAUCAUGAAAUAACAGCGGUUCCAUUUAAACUAAGAUCUAUUUCUCCUACGGAUAAUAAAUUAAGAAUUCAAGCAUUAUUAAGAAAAUAUAUUCGUUGUAAAUCACCUGCAAUCGAUAAUCUUACAUCCGAAGUGAGAUUAUCAAUGAAUGAAUUGCUCGAUUCUAUUGAAGCACUUGAGUCCAUAUCUGAUGUUGGCAUAAAUUUGAACAUAUUACCUAUAGAAAAUAAAAUGCUAGAACAAUCACAGUUGUCUGAUAAACAUAUUAGAACAAAAAAAUCUCGAAAAUCUAAUUUACAACAUCGCAUUAUUCCUAAAAAUCCACAUUCAAAACUUAUCACAUGUUUAUCAUUAGAUCAAUCCCUUUCUGCGUCAUUACCAUUUGUUCCAUUAAGACCAUUAUCAGUUAGUCCACCAAAUAUAAAUAGCUUUGAAAGUAUUCCAUUUCAAAUACCUGCUAAUAUAACAAUACAACAAUCAGCAAGAACACCAUUCAUUGAGCUACUCGAUAUAAAAUCAGAACCAAUCGAUCAAGAUGAACAUCAACUGCCACAAACAUCGAUCUCAGCUAGCUCUUUUCUAAUAUCAUCAUCAUCGCAAAAUACAAAUGUUUCACUUCCGAUUAUAAUUCCUAUUGUUCCACACACGUCUCAAAUACCAACAACAGUCUCGUCGGAGCGUAUUUCUUCACCAGCAUUAUCCAUCUAUUCUUCUGCAAGUCAGCCAAAGAAUACAACCAAUAGACGAUUAGAAUCAUCAAUAAAAAAACAAUCAAAUAGCAUGCGACAGUCUCGUCAUGUUUUCAAUACGAUUCCAAUAUCAAAUUACGAUUCUAUAACAAUACCACAACAUACAAAUCAAUUUCUACUAGAUGAUCAUCAAAAACACAAUGAAAUUCGAACGAUUAUAAAUAGUUUUCAUAAUCAAUUUCAACAAUUAUUCGCUGACUUCAGCAAUAAAGUUGAAUCAUCUCUUCAAAUAACACGAAAAAAAUAUGAAAACGAUCUUGAAGACACUCGUCGAUCUUAUCGUAUGUCUUUAGAUGAAUUACAUACAAUUACUAAUGAACAAAUUCAAGAGAUUCAUACUAGUUUAGAAUUACAAUACUGGAAAAGACUUUCCGAUAUGCGUAAUCAAUAUGAAUCAAAAUUUCAAUGUGAAUAA